AUGAAGCUGAGUGAGAGAGUGAAGAUAAUAGGCGUAAGGAUGAGGGCAGGAUUUAGUCUCUUCUGGACACCCAUGGUGUUAAGCUUAUCUGUUCUGAGUUGGUGGAGAUGGGAAAACGUCCACCUCAAAAUGCUGUGCAGAAUACUCCCCCCAAUGCUCGAAUGUUGGGAAACUAUCGCUCGUUUUUGGCUCCCUCAAAUGCCUGUUGCUUCUGCUGGUGUUGCUGCUGCAGCUGUUCAUGUCUGACAGUACGAUCUUAUAAGGAGGAAAGCAUUACGGCGACAAUCUCAGAAAAACAAGAGGAGGACGCCACGAAUCAGAUACCUCAGCUCACUUUGGAAGAGGUGCAAGCAUGGGGAGAGUCAUUUGAGAGGUUAAUAAAAAGUCCACAAGGCCGAUUGCACCUCCAACAGUUUCUUAAGUCUGAAUUUAGUGAAGAGAACCUGAUGUUCUGGCUCUCCUGUGAGGAUCUAAAGAAAGAGACCAAUAAAACCACGGUAGAGCAAACUGUGAAAAAAAUAUAUGAGGACUACGUCUCUGUAUUGUCAACUAAAGAGGUGAGUCUGGAUUCACGCGUACGUGAAGUGAUCAACAGGAACAUGCUGGAACCCUCAUCUUGUACGUUUGAUGAGGCACAGCAGCAGAUCUACACUCUGAUGCAGCGAGACUCCUACCCUCGAUAUAUUAACUCUAGUAUGUACACAGACCUCAUACAGAGCCUUGAACAGCCCAAUGAGUCCUAACAUGCAUCCAGGAAAGUACACAAGACACAGGCCUUAUACACAUACUGUAUCUGAAUAUGGCACCAUUAACUCUUACUGCAGGACAGAUCAGCACAUCUUGUGUUAGCACAUAUCUAAGAUUAAUCUUCUGUGACUACUUGCUGUUUCAUUUAUUUUUUAAACAAAGCACUUUGGAUUACAUUUUACAUACAUCAUAGCAUGUUGUUUCUAUUACUUACUGAAGUGAUUUUUUUAAUAGCAUUUGGGUGUAUUUUACAUUAUAAAGAAAUAUAUGGUUAUAAAGAAAUAAUGUUAUAAUAAAGAAAGAGUUGUAUCUUUAAAAAGUACAUUUUAUAUAUUUUCUGAUGACAAACAAAUGUUACAACACUCAACAAAUAGUCCAGGGUUGUCUGUCAAACUCAUGCAGAUACAGCAAGAGUUUCAAGCAUUAGCUUUCAGUUCCAUUUGACUAUGCUGCUUUAUACUUAAAGGAACACUCCACUUACAAAAAGGCUAAUUAUUAACUCCCCUAUUUUAAACAAUUGGAUUUUACUAUUUUUGAACCAAUUCAGCUGUUCUUCAGCUUUGGUGUGAACACUUUUAGCUUAGCUUAGCAUAGAUCAUUACAUCGGAUUAGACCAUUAGCAUGUCGCUCUAAAAUGACCAAAGAGUUUUGAUAUUUUUUCCAUUUAAAGCCUGAUUCUUCUGGAGUUGCAUCAUGCACUAAGAAUGCAAAAAAUGAAAAGUUGCUAUUUUCUAUGCUCUUAUAAUACUGUCUGUGAGUGACUAAUGUGAGAGACCUUUGGAGUUAAUCUGGACCAUGUUUACACUAGCGAAUGGAUGUACAAUACCAGGUGUAAGUAAAAUCUUAGAUUCAAAUGUAUGUCAUUCAGACUAAAGAUUUUGCUUAUAGGAUAUGUUUUACUAUAUUUGUGUCAGAAUGGCAGAACCACAGUUGUGCCUUGCUUCACAGUCUGAGAUAGGACCUAAAAUAAUAAUAAUGCAUAAGGAAGUAUCAUUAGAAAUUGUCUUUUCAAUUAGUUCAGCUCUAUUAUUAUUAUUAUUUAUAGUUUAAAUGUUAAAAAUAUAUUAUAAUCUACCAAAGCAAGACAGCUCAACUUGGUCCAUCUCUGUGCUGACAUAUGUAUGACUUGAUAAAUGUUUUUAAAUGCAACAACUGUAUUUAAUACACAUGCAUAUUGUAUGAACUGUACAGACAAAUAAAGAGAAGUACCAAUAAGAUAUAAAA